CAAUUAGAUGAGAUUGAUGUGGAUCAAACAAUUGUCGGAACUUGUCAGAAACUUGAAAAGUCAUAUUUACGCCUGACUUCUGCACCUGAUCCAUCAACCGUUAGGCCCUUACGAAUAUUAAAGCAGACUUUAGAGUUUUUAAAAGCAAAAUGGGUCGAAGAUCAAAAUUAUACAUAUAUUUGCGAUCAAUUCAAAUCCUUACGUCAGGAUUUAACGGUUCAACACAUUAAAACUGAAUUCACCGUAAAAAGCGAUUUGGGUGAGUACAAUCAAUGUCAAACGCAACUAAAGGAGCUUUAUAGAUUGAAUAUUCCAGGUUCAGUCAUGGAGUUUAUGGCAUAUCGACUCCUUUACUUUCUGUACACGAGAAAUCGUUCAGAUAUCAACGCUUUGAUCGCUGAACUCACGGAUGAAAUGAAGAAUGACGAAGCGAUUAAGCAUGCAUUAGAGGCACCUAAUAUGGGAGCUUAUCUUAUGGAUCAUUUCAUUGAAAGAGAAAGAAUUGCUGCUUUACAGACCUUAUGCAAAGCUUUCCGUCCUACUUUGGAAAUGGAGUUCAUACGAACAGAAUUGGCUUUCAAUGAUAUGGAAGAAUGUUACCAAUUUUUGAGCGAACACAAUUCAUCUGAUUAUAUUUUAGCUGACAACACAUUAGAUACUAAGAGCGCACAAAAAUCUAUAGAAGCCAGCAGUAAGAAAUUUGAAAAAAUCGAUAUUAAGGGACAAAUCUGA